CGCAAAAUCCUUUGUAUUUUCUUUAUUCCUUUCUUUUUGAAUAGUAAACAAAUCUAUUCAACAUUACACAACAUUAUGAUGACGAGGUGAUGACUGAUGGUAGAUAUCGAUGAGGUCAUUGCAUAGGUAGUCGUCUCAUCUUGGUAAUAUACCAGCCUGCAUGUCGCCAGUUUGCCGUAGGACUUCGCGAUGGAUUUUACCGAAGAUCUAGUUCGAAAUUUAAGUGCGAAAUCAUCAUUACCACUGGUGUUUCGACAAUUUAUUAAAGACUGGCCGGUUUGCGAAUGGGAUGAGAACAAGUGGACUUCAGUUUUCGGUGAAAAAGAAAUACCUUUUCGGUGUUUGAAAAAAAGUUUUGUUUCCGACGAGCCCUGUUGGGAGAGACGAUGUGUGGUGAAUAAAAUGACGUUCAUGGCCUUUUUAGGCAUUCUGAACACUAGCCAAGAGUGGAUGUACUUUGAUUACAAAUAUCUACAUCAGUGGUUCAGCAGCGACAGUGAAUUAUGCAAGACAAUAUCAUGGAAGCAGUUUGGAUACCCAGAUAAAGGAGCUUCAGACACAACACUGUGGGUAGGAAGCAAAGGUUCUCACACGCCGGCACACCAGGAUACCUACGGUUACAAUAUAAUUGCACAAGUGCAUGGCAGGAAAAGAUGGAUCCUCUUUCCACCUGAAGCUGGUGGUUUGAAACCCACAAGGGUGCCGUACGAGGAAUCUAGUGUAUAUAGCGAACUGAAUUUCUACUGCCCAACUGACUUGGAUGCUUUCAAUGGUUUGACAGGGGGUCGUAUGGUAGAACUGUCGGCCGGAGAUGCCCUGCUUGUACCACGUGGCUGGUGGCACUACGUGCAAAACAUCGACCCGCUCAACAUAGCCCUCAAUGUUUGGCUGCCACAUGAAAAGGACAAUUCAACACAAAUAUCGGAAGCACUAAUUAAAAUACUGAUCGCUCAAAUAUGCAAGGACCUGCCACAGGAGACUGCGAGACUGUUGGUCAAUCCAAAUGAGGAUGACAUAUCGGACACACCAUUAGCUGUACUAUUCCUACAACUAGAAACAGUAGUUAAGACUUAUUUAGACAAGAAACGCAAAAGCCGAAGAAUGAAACGUCAAAAGACACGAGAAGACAACACUCCAGAACCGGAUAUAGAGGAAUUCGACCUGAAAUCGUUGGUGGAAAAACAUGAUACUAAAUUAAAAAUAGUUCCUUCGUUAAAUAGCAGUGAUCUAAUUGAUUUAAUAAAGGGCAAUAUCAAAGAGUUUGUCGAUAACAAAAUUCCGGAUGAGGAUGAAGUUGAGGCUGGAUCUAGCAGUCUUUGUCUGACAAAGGCUGUGAUAGACUCGUUCAGUCAGAGCAAUGUUAUCGAUCUAGUUAAGCAAAACCUGUUUGCGAAACUCGGUUAACCUGGCAAAAUGAAUAUGAGUCUGUGACAUAGCUUAAUCUGUACCGCUCAAAGAGUAAUUAUUUGUCUAUUUGUAUUCACAGAAUAUUUGUUAUUAAUAACGGCCAUUAUCAAAAAGUUUCUGGAUAAAACUCAAGAUGAGUAAAAAGCUGAGUCCUAUUCAAGCAGUCUUUGUCUGAGAAAGGCUGUGAUAGACUCGUUCAGUCAGCGCAACGUUAUCGAUCUAGUUAAGCAAAACCUGUUUGCUAAACUCAGUUAACCUGUGAAAUAUUAUUAUUAGUCUGUGACAGGGCUUAAUCUGCACCGCUCGAAGAGUAUUUAGUUAUCUAUAUUCACAGAAUAUUUAUUAUUAAUAACGGUCAUUAUCAAAAAGUUUGUUGAUAAAACUCGACAUGAGGAUAAAGUUGAGGCCUAAUCAAGCAGUCUUAUUUUGAGAAAGGCUGUGAUUGACUCGUUCAGUCACAGAAAUGUUAUUGAUCUAGUUGAGCAAAAUCUUUUUGCGAAGCUCGGUUAAUCUGUGCAAGAUCAUUAUUAGUCUGUGCCGCUCACAGACUUUAUUUAUUUAUAUUCGCGUCUCUGUAUAGUUCCACGUAAGGCGAGUGCUUUGCCUUUUUAAAUGUUUAUUUUUCUGUGGUUCCCAAAUAAACACAGAUAGUGUUUAUUUGGGAACAUUCUUUGUUCCUUUAUUUCACCGAAUAUUCUAAGAUUGAAAAUAAACGAAUAGGCGCUUGAAACAAAUGGUUAUGUUAUGACCAGAUUAGUGACUUUAACUGUAUAGUAGACAAGGAGUCUACACUACAAUUAGGAAAAGUAUGAAAAAGUCUGUUCUAAGCAAAUACCAAAUGUAAUCAAGCAUGAUAAGUAAUCCAUCAUAUAAAUAUAUAAAAAUUAAAAUGUCAUGCGUGUAUCUCCCAAAAACUCGAAUAUUGCUUGUCAAUUUUUAUUUUUGGUCUCAACAAUUCUUUAGUUUUGGAAAAAAAUACAUUACGAAAUUCUUAUAUUGUAUGGGCAGAUGGCAUUCUUUAGGUAAUACAAAGUUCACCGGGUCUUCAAUAUAAAAGCCUAUCUUGUAUAAAAACAAAGUAUAUACUAAGUGCAACAACUACUAAGUCCAGGAUUCCUUUAGACAAAGCAAUAUGAUUGAUCUCCUUUGGCUUUAGCUUACUUUAUUAUAGUUUUAUCGCCCCAAGAGUGACCUCCUUAUAAUGGAAUUGUAUUUUUAACCAUUUAUUGUUUUCUUAAUAUAAGUCUAUCUAAAACUAGCGGUGAGCGCUUUCAAGCACGUUUAUAUAAAUAAUUAAAACGCCAAUAUAGAAGAAAACUUUGAAUUCGUUUCUGAGCAACCAGAACGGCCGUUGGCAGUGAUGUUUUUUAUCCUUGCAUUGUCAAUGCACAUCAAAUUCAACAGGCACAAAUCGUUAUAUAAUAACGCCUAUAUUUUGUAAAAGUUAUUACAAUUUGGUAUAAUUUUUAUAUUUUUACCUUCGUCUACUUAUUCGAUCGCGUGUAAGUUAACUUCGUAUUAUAUGGUACCGAAAUAGCGCCAUCUACCGACAGUUUUUCUAACUUACAAUGUAAACAAUCUAAAAUACAUAAGUAUAUAGUAUGUUUUAAAAAUAUAACAACAAUCAAAGUAAAAAGAGAUUUUUUAUAUGUAAGUUUGGUUUUAGAUUUUUCUUAACAAUUUUAUAUAAAAAAAGUAACUAAAAAUUAACAAAAAUAUUUUUGUCUUUAGUGACAUUAGUGUUUCCCAGUAUUUUAACUAGAUUGCGCUCUUUCGUAAUACCAUAUAAAUCGUAGUUAACUUUCACGCGAUCGAAUAAUUAAACAUAGAUAGAUAAUCUCGAAUUUUCCGUCGUCUUCGAUCCAGCGUAGUGAGAUAAGAUAAAAAAUAUGCAAGAAUAAUUUAAUGAAAAAUAAAAUAUAAACAUUAUUUUGUUUUAGUUAUAAAUAUUUUAAAUGGAAGUUUUUAUUGUUACCUAGUGCCUUAAUAAUGUAUCACGAAGAAGAUCAUAGUUUAUUAUCUAACCAUGAACAGAAGUUUAAUUAGGGGUUAUAAGUUAAAGGUAUUAAUUACCUUCUAGUUAUAUUUUAGUGCAAUUAUUUAUAAAAUUAUGCAUAUUGCAAGAAAAGCUAUAUUUUUUAAAUAUAGGGCACCGUUAAAUCUCUUACUACGUAAUAAAGGGUUUAGAAACAUUUUUUUUAAAUUUUUUUCACAAUCUGGGUCAUGCAAAAAACAUAU